AUGGGCAUGCGCAACUGCCUCCACGGCAACAAUAUGCCAGGACAACCAAAUAUCCCCGCUGAAGUCGGGGAGCAGCCCGAGCAAGAACCUUUGGAGGCCCCAGGGGCAGCUGCCCCCGGUGCUGGGCCUGGCCCAGCCGAAGAAAUGGAGACCGAACCGACUGACAAUGAGCCCAUCUCCGACGAGACUGGCGAUGAGGUCUGUGGACCCCCUGAAGUCUCCAGAUCUGAUGUCCAGGGCGUCAGCCAGGCCGUCGAGGAAGUCCGAGUGGGUGGAGACUACAGCCCUCCUCCGGAGGAAGCCAUGCCAUUUGAGACCACACAGCCCAACCUCGGAGAUUUCUGGCCCGUCCUGGAGCAGUCUGGAACAUCUGGGACCCAAGCAGGCCUCAAAACCUUCAACCCAGCGCUUUUGGAGCCCGGGACCCCCAGUGGUGCGAACCCAGGCCUGGGAACCUACAGCCCCCCACCAGAAGAAGCUAUGCCAUUUGAGUUCAACGAACCUGCCCAGGAAGGUGGUAGCCAGUCGCCCUUGCAAUUCCCGAUCCUUGCUCCAGGAGGUCCGGAAGCAGAGGUCCUCAGAGCACUUCCCGCGGAGCCCGGGAACUUCAGAUUUGCAAAUGCUAGCUUCCGAGAUGACUACGGCCCUCCACCUGAAGAGUCCGUGCCAUUUGGGCUCGAUGGAGAAGAAUUUGGGGGCGAUAGCCCACCCCCAGAGCUCCCCCGAGUCAUGCGACAAAUCAGCAUUGGCGGCGAGUUCCCGUCAGUCGCGGUCCCGAGUGCGCUCAGCCUCGCUCCCGGCGAGAACGCGCCUCCCCUCUUGGUCCACAGCGCCAUUGACAGACCGUUCAGCGAGGCUAUCAGAUCUCCUCCCAACUUCGCAUGCGACACCCCCCCGAUGGAGAUCUCCAGACCCCUGCUUGAGAUUGGCAGAGCCUCCGCUGGGGUCGACGACGACACCACUGUCAAUAUGGACGGCCCCCCAAUCGCAAGUGAUGGCCCGCCCAUCGAAGUCUCCGGAGCCCCAGAUAAGAGCGAGCACGCAGAGAGACCCCCAGUUGAGCGAGAAGCAGCCGAGAUGGAAGGAAGCCCUACCACCGCAGCUGCGGUGGAAGGAGAAGUCCCUUCUCCGGAGAGAAGAGACGGAUCCUUCACCCAGCCAGAAGCCAUGGAUCCCAGCCCAGUACCUGAUGCCCGAGCCGUCGUCACCGAACCUGACGCAGCCACCAGCGGAUCUCCUCCGGCCACAGCAACACCCGCGGAUCUCCAAGCCGAUCCUGAAGAACUCGGAGAAGCCCCUGCAGUCCGCGCAGAUCCUGACGGAGGGGCAGCCCCGGUCGCCCCAACCACCCCUGCCGAGUCUGAAGGCAGCGGAGAGCCAGCCGCGGAGCCAGCCGUGGAGCCAGCCGUGGAGCCAGCCGUGGAGCCAGCCGUGGAGCCAGCAGGCGAGCCAGUCUCCUCCGAGGCAGUCCCUGCCGCCAAGGCCGAGUCUGCCUCCGGGGCAGCCCCCGACACCCAGGUGGAGCCCGCAGUCGCGGCAGCCUCUGCCACAUCGGCGGAGCCUGCCGCCCGGGCAGCCCCCGUUACCCCUCCGGAGCCCGCUCCCCGGCCAAUCCCCACUGCCAGAGCUCACCCAGCUGCGGGGGCAGUCCCUGGCGCCCCAGCGAUGUCAUCCUCCGCUAGGGCAGCUGCCGCUAGGGCAGCCUAUGCAGGUCCUCUGGUCUGGGGAGCCAGGUCACUCUCGGCUACUCCCGCGGCCCGGGCAUGCCUCCCUGCCCGCGCAGCUGCCGCCGCCCGGGCAGCCUCCGCUGCCCGGGCAGUUGCUGCCGGCCACUCGAUCGCUGAAGCCCGGGCCAUGUCUAUCCGGGGAUUCCCUCCUGCCCCAAGCAGAGCCCAUCUUAGACCCCCCAGCCCCGAGAUCCAGGUGGCUGACCCGCCUACUCCGCGGCCUGGUCCGAGGCCGGCUGCCUGGCCCGACAAGUAUGAGCGUGGCCGAAGCGGCUUCAGGUACGAGGAGGCGUCGUCCGUCAUCUGUGAGAUCGACUCCUCUAGUGAUGAGUCGGAAGAAGGGGCCAACGGCUGCUUCCAGUGGCUUCUGCGGCGAAACCGCCGCCCCGGCCAGCUCCGGCGCCACUCGGUCGGGUGCAACCCAGUCCGCAACUUCUUCAUCCGAACCUUCGGAAGCUGCUUCGGUCUAUCCGAGAGAUCCCGUUCCCUCAGCCCCGGGAAGGUCAAGGAUCCUUUCGAGGAGAGGCGCAAACAGAUGCGCAAAGAAGCCAUUGAGAUGCGAGAGCGGAUGCGCGCAGACAAGAAACGCAGCAAGGCCAUCGACAAGCAACUGGAGGAGGAGAAGAUGGACUACAUGUGUACGCACCGCCUGCUGCUUCUAGGUGCUGGAGAGUCUGGCAAGAGCACGAUUGUGAAGCAGAUGAGGAUCCUGCAUGUUAAUGGGUUUAACGGAGAGGGCGGCGAAGAGGACCCGCAGGCUGCAAGGAGCAACAGCGAUGGUGAGAAGGCCACCAAGGUGCAGGACAUCAAAAACAACCUGAAGGAGGCCAUUGAAACCAUCGUGGCCGCCAUGAGCAACCUGGUGCCCCCUGUGGAGCUGGCCAAUCCUGAGAACCAGUUCCGUGUGGACUACAUUCUGAGCGUGAUGAAUGUGCCCAACUUUGACUUUCCACCUGAAUUCUAUGAGCACGCCAAGGCUCUGUGGGAGGACGAGGGAGUGCGUGCCUGCUACGAGCGCUCCAAUGAGUACCAGCUGAUUGAUUGUGCCCAGUACUUCCUGGACAAGAUUGAUGUGAUCAAGCAGGCCGACUACGUGCCAAGCGACCAGGACCUGCUUCGCUGCCGCGUCCUGACCUCUGGAAUCUUUGAGACCAAGUUCCAGGUGGACAAAGUCAACUUCCACAUGUUUGAUGUGGGCGGCCAGCGCGACGAACGCCGCAAGUGGAUCCAGUGCUUCAAUGAUGUGACUGCCAUCAUCUUCGUGGUGGCCAGCAGCAGCUACAACAUGGUCAUUCGGGAGGACAACCAGACCAACCGUCUGCAGGAGGCUCUGAACCUCUUCAAGAGCAUCUGGAACAACAGAUGGCUGCGCACCAUCUCUGUGAUCCUCUUCCUCAACAAGCAGGAUCUGCUUGCUGAGAAAGUCCUCGCUGGGAAAUCGAAGAUUGAGGACUACUUUCCAGAGUUCGCUCGCUACACCACUCCUGAGGAUGCGACUCCCGAGCCCGGAGAGGACCCACGCGUGACCCGGGCCAAGUACUUCAUCCGAGAUGAGUUUCUGAGAAUCAGCACUGCUAGUGGAGAUGGGCGCCACUAUUGCUACCCUCACUUUACCUGCGCCGUGGACACUGAGAACAUCCGCCGUGUCUUCAACGACUGCCGCGACAUCAUCCAGCGCAUGCAUCUCCGCCAAUACGAGCUGCUCUAAGAAGGGAACACCCAAAUUUAAUUCAGCCUUAAGCACAAUUAAUUAAGAGUGAAACUUAAUUGAAAAGCAGUUGAUCACCCACCAUAGGGCAUGAUUAACAACGCAACCUUUCCUUUUUUCCCCAGUGAUUCUGAAAACCCCUCUUCCCUUCAGCUUGCUUAGAUGUUCCAAAUUUAGUAAGCUUAAGGCGGCCUACAGAGAAAAAGAAAAAGAAAUAGGCCACAAAAGUUCCCUCUCACUUUCAGUAAAUAAAAUAAAAGCAGCAACAAACAGAAAUAAAGAAAUAAAUGAAAUACAAAAUGAAACAUUGUAUUGUGCAGCAUUAAAAAAUCAAUAAAAAUAAAAUGUGAGCAAAGUA